CUCCUCCCUUCCGGGUCACGGGCGCUUCUGCUCUUCAGCCAGGCGCAGUGGGACCGGUCCACUGGGCUCCGCUGAGCAAGAGAGCGGUCAGCGCGGAGCCGGAGCCGCGGGUCCUGCCCCGAGGCUGCAACCAGCAUGUGGAGACAGCGCUUGCCUAGCGGCAGGGAAGUCUUCACCACCUUCCCCGAUGUGCUCUUCAUCUUUGAGCUUGUCUUUGGGGGCCUCGUGUGGAUCCUGAUCGCCUCGUCCCUGGUGCCCCUCCCCCUGCUCCAGGGCUGGGUGAUGUUCGCGUCUGUGUUCUGCUUCGUGGGCACCACUGCCCUGUUCUUCUGGUACAUAAUUGGUGUCCGUGAUAGUAAGACUUCCUGGAAACUUCUAGACAUAUUCUACCACUUUAUAGCUGCCCUGUUUUACCUCAGCGCCUCCUUGCUAGAAGGUUCAGUUGCCAGCACCAUGGAAUAUGACUUGCUAUAUGAACAUUACCUCGAAAACGUCUUUGCUGCGGUGUUUUCAUUGCUAGCCACUCUGCUGUACAUGAUCCAUGCCUGUGCUUCCUGCUGCAGACAGUUUGAUUGGUUGGAAAGCCAGCGGCUGUUACCUGAUUGGCCGUCCUACGGGGUAUAAUUGUAGCGUGCAGAAAUGCUCUCCAUGGUGGAAAAAAGAAACCAAAAGAAGAGCGACGCUGUGUGUCUUGUGGGCGUUAUGCUGACUCUCCCCUGUCCCUCCUGUCAGGGUUGGGACUUGCUGCGUUUAACCUCCAACUACUGAGCCGUCUUUCAGGGUCAUCUAUUUGUGGAAGGGGGCGGUGGGUGGAGUGUGGGGACUGUGAUCUGAGAGACCACGAAACAAAGAUCCCCUGCUGAGCCCUGGACCGGAUCUUGAGAACUCUCUGCUGGAAUCUUCCACAGGGUCUUUUGAGCCCCCAUCUGGUGGCGUGUUUCUAAGUCUUCAUGGAGAUUCUCCCUGUCAUAAGGAUAAAACUCACCCAACAAGUACUUGCAGAUGUCCACGGUGAAGAUGAUAAAGCUUUGAAAUACUUUAUAAAGGGCCUUUGCGUUCAAUA